AUGAGAACGCACUAUCUACACUACCUUAAAGGCAUCAAAGACAAUUAUUUGGGACGGACAUGGCAGAUCACCAUGAAUAGGAAAUAUGAAGGCCAGUCCUUCCGCCAAGAAGGUUUCGAGAGAGAGUCUCCUCCAGCCUACAUCGUCCGUCGUAUCAUGUACACUCGGAUGCUUGUCGCAUCGGAUGACGGGGGGCCGACUGAAGUUUAUCUAGUUAUGCAAAAGGCCCCAAUAUCAUGGGGACCCAUCCUGAACCUAGAAACGGUCCGUUCGACGUCUUUAUUAUAUUCAAGAGCGACGGACCACGAAUUAGCAUUAGUGCAUGCCGCGAAGUAUGAAUCGACAAAUGUGCUCACCUCGGAUAAUUUGCUAUACACGCUACGCAAAUUGGGCAUAUCGGUAGAUAGGAACCGUCCCUUUGAUCGUUCAGCUAAAAUGGUUACCUCCACUAAUGAAAAGGGGGAGGAAGUAAUUCAUGAAGCACUUUUAAGUCAGCUUAGCCGAGAGGGAUGUUUACAAGAAAUAACUUUGGAUCCGGAAAUUAUGAGAGAAGCUUUCGCAGUGUUGAAGAAAAGACAACGCCCACCGCCGAAGGGAGGGUAUCCGUAUAGCAAAAACGACCACGUCACCACCAAGAUGGGACGUUUGCCACCUUCUCCUUGUAAGGUAUGCGGGAGCCCUAAUCACUGGGAUAAGGAGUGCCCAGAUUGGGCUUUCUAUGAAGCGAAGCAACAGAAAACGGCUUACCGGAUUGAGACGAAUGAAGAGGAGGAACUAGAGGGCUAUUAUGCGAGCGUAUACUCGAUUUUAGUCACUGAGCGGUUGGCAUCUGAGACCAAGUCAUCGUCCGAAUCUUCGGAUUUUCAUAAGGCAGUUCCUCAAGAAAGGAUUAACUCCUUUCACAGCGAACGUAAGUCCGACAACAACACCCCUUGGAAGAGACAAGCAGUUUUUAUGGAAGAGGAAGAAGACGAAUUCUGGGCAGAAUAUCGACAGAAAGAGAAGUCUAGCUCUCACCUCCUUUAUCAAGUUGGCGACGAAGACGAUGAAUCUCCCCAGAAGGAAGCCUUCUCGGCGUGUACAGAGGAUGCCCCAUCUUCUCAAAAGCCGGAAUCCGAUAAAGAUCCACCGAGAGAGGUGAAGGACCCUCCAAGAGAGGUGAAAGAUCCCCCAUGGGAGAAGGAUCCCCUUUCAGCUCCACCAGCGAAGGAGAAGCCGUUUAAGAUACCCAAAGCAAGGUCUCGUCCAGAAGGGAUGUCAGCUAUAGGAGUAUCCGUACUAUCUACGAAGGGCUUUGUGGGAGGGCUGAAUAACGUUGAGACAGACUUACGAUUAGAGACUGGUGGCUACCACUUUUAUGAUUAA